UUACACUACCACAAAGACCUCCGGAGACUCCAGCACCAAUGAGUACACCAAUGAUUACACCACCACUCAGACCACCAGAGAUUACACUACCACAAAGACCUCAAGAGAUUAUACCACCAAUGAGUACACUAGUGAUUACACCACCACUCAGGCCACCAGAGAUUACACUACCACAAAGACCUCCAGAGACUCCAGCACCAAUGAGUACACUAAUGAUUAUGCCUCCAAAAAGAGCUCCAGAGAUGACACAACUAAUAGUACACCCAAUGAUUAUACCGCCCCAAAGCCUCCCAUAAUUACACAACCACAAAGCCCAUCAAGGAUUAUAUCCCCACACAAACCACCAGAGAUUACACCACAACAAACACCUUCCACAGAUUAUAUUACCGAAAAAUCCACCAGUGAUUAUACCACCAAACAGACUACCAAUGAUUAUACCACCAAACAGACCACCAGAGAUACAACACCACAAAGACCACCAUGGAUUAUCCGACCACACAGACCGUCAGAAAUUACAACACAAAGACCACCAAGGAUUACCCAACACACAGGCCAUCAAGAUUACAACACCACAAAUGAUUACAUUGUUAAAAGACCACCAAUGAUUAUACCACCAAAAUGUCCACCAAGGAUUACACCAUAACUGGAGACAGCUUUCCAGCUUCUGGAGUAAAAUCAGAUCCUUUAGGAACCAUCAUGAAAGAACUAUUGCCCAACAAGCCUAGUCGAAUAAUGAAAGACAUGCCUAAAUCCGCCAAUAGGUUGUCCAAUAAUGGUGGCUGUGUUUCAGACAGUGACUCUGGAGUCUCUGUGUGCUCGCCCAUGAAAGUAUUCAGGCCAAAAAUUAGGAGUCCACAAGCACCUCCAGCUUCACGUGACAUUAUAAAGAAAUUCUCUGCUAAACCCAAAAGAACGUCUGAGCCACUGAAGGCCGACCACUCCUUAGUGCAAGAGAAUAUAACACAGAUUGUCCAGCUAGAAGACAACCCAGUGACAAGAAACUUAAAGAGCACGAUCAACUUCAAUGACAAGAUACCACAAGGGGCACCAAGGACUCGAGUGCGCUUUGAGGAUGAAUCAGAAGAAGAUGCAGAGUUUCGAUACCGGGAAAUACGUCUUCUAGACAGAACACCGACAACUAAAAUGGGCACAAAUAUCUCACCCGGUCCUCAGAUAAAGUAUAUGGAAAAAAAUGCUAAGCCUGAAACUACUGAGAGAUCUGCUUCACCAUCCAAGCAAGGGGAAAAGGCAAAAAGCCCAGAUCAGCAGACCACAACCCUUCCACAUCGACGUCAACCAUUUCCACCAAAUAUAGCCAAGAAGGUCUUAAUUGAUAUCCCAAGGGGUGGUCUUCCCACCAGGCGCGUGCCUCAAAUACGGGUGUCCACUGUCAUGAAGGACAUUGCUAACCAACAGUUUUCUCCUCGAAAUGUGACUUCUCUUGAAGGAAUCACAAUGAGCUUCAAGAACACCAAUGAAUGGGGGGCGCAAAGUCAAAGUGUUAGAGCAAACAAAGAGCAUGAAAGUGGCCACCAUAGUCUGUCAUCUCUGGAAACCCUAGAGAGUGGCACCACAGAAGCGUCUUCUGAAUUUACAAUAAUGAAAAUGGAAUGGGGAGCAUCAGAUUCCUCUCUCAGCAGCGGAAAUCAGUCAAGAUCCUCAUCUCAGAACCGUGACCUCAAUGUGGACCGUCCGUCACAGAAUAAAGGUCCAGAGAUGUCCUUCUACAAUAAAGUUAGAAGAAGUCUUCGGUUGAAGAAGAAGCUACAUUCUGAAGCCACAAGUGGCAGCUGCCAUUCAGAUAACAUCCCAAAAAGUUGCAAGGAUCUAGAAGAAGACCAGCGCUCUUCUGCAUCUCUACAGCUUGAUGGAGGUGGCCAUGGAAAAUCGAGUCCUCACAGUGCCGCAGUUUGCAGACUAGCCAACCAGGCUGCAGCAGAUGACGGUAUUCCCAGUCGUGUAGGCAUGAAUAGGACGAAGAAGGACGUUAUGGGGGACCUAGGGACCCAGGGCCCAGUGAGAACCCAUCCAGUAAAGGUGCCAUAUUCGCCCAUGAGAAUGGUGCAGUCAUUACUGAAGAAAGGACGAGCCAAGGAUUAUGUGGUCCGUGUGCCCUCUCCACCACCGCAGGAAGCCAGGCCUCCAACUUCCAAUGUGCGCUCCAGUGGAUACAGAAGAGAGCAGAUCCCCGGCCUAGCGUCCGGAAGAGUGCUGGCCACACAAUCUGACUCCAGCCGCCUGGUGGAACUUGAACGUCCAAAAACGGGGUUCAGUGGGUUGUAUUUGACUAAGAAGAACCAAAAUGGUUACUCAGGGUUGUACGUGGUUCAGCUGAGCGGAGCCUUCACCUCAUCAUUUCCACAGGGAAUCUUAGAAGUAGGAGAUGAAAUCUUGGAGAUAAAUAGGCGACAAGCAAAGGACCUACGUUUGGAUGAAAUCUAUACCCUCCUGGAAGAAAGCAGCUGUGUCCUCCUCAGAGUGUCCCGGAACAUCUCCUCAUCUUCAUAGGGUCUAGUUCUUCAGAUAACGUCAUGUCUGCUCCAUGUCAUAUUUUACACACAUUGAAAAUGAAGAAAAUAAAAUUAUAAAUUAUAUAAAAUAUACGUAUAUACCAUCAUAACCAGAGCCACAGUGCCCCAUCACAUCCAUAGCCUUACAUCGCAUUGCUCUCCACAUAGUGCCCCAUCACAUCUAUGUCCCCCCAUCACAGCCACAGUGCCCCAUCACAUCCAUAGUUUCAGCAUCAUAGCACAGUGCCCCAUCACACCAUAGUGCCAGCAUCAUAGCACAGUGCCCCAUCACACCAUAGUGCCAGC